CACGGGCACCUCCAGAGCGGGCACAGGCACCCCCACAGCGGGCACAGGCACCCCCUCAGGGGCACGGGCAAACCCCCUCAGGGGCACGGGCAAACCCCCUCAGAGGGCACGGGCACCCCCUCAGCGGGCACGGGCACCCCCAGAGCGGGCACGGGCACCCCCUCAGGGGCACGGGCACAUCCCCUCAGGGGCACGGCCACCCCGCGGCCCCGGGGCACCCACAGCCCAGCCCCAGCCCUGUGCGGGCACCCCGCGGCCCCAUUCCACCCCACAGCCUGGACCUCCCCUGUGCCGAGGCACCCCACAGCCGCACCCCUGCCCAAAACACCUCCAUAUCCCUAUCCCUGUCCUGGGACACCCCAAAACCCCACCCCUGCCGCAGAGCACCCCCAGCCCCGUCCCUGCCCAGAGCACUCCACAUGCCCCCCUGCACGCCAGGGUACCCCCACAGCUCCUGACAUGCCCUGGGGUGCCCCAUAUCCCCACCUCUCCCCCAGAGUACACCCAGAUCCCCCAUCCCUGCCCUGGCACAUCCCACACCCCAUCCGUGCCCCAGAGCACCCCGCUGUCGCUGCUUGGCCCCCCUACCCCCUACCUGCCCGUGUCUGGGGGGGCUGGGGGGUGGUCCCGGUGUCUGCGGGUGCUGAGGGUGCCCCUGCAGGGAGAACUCCCCGGCACACACGCAGCGGCUGCGGGAGGUGGCCGCAGACAUCGCGGCCUCGGGCUCGUACCGGCUGCGGGAGCCCGAGCUGGCGUUCGGAGCCAAGCAGGCCUGGCGGAACGCCGCGCGCUGCGUCGGCCGCAUCCAGUGGAACAAGCUGCAGGUGUUUGAUGCCCGGGACUGCGCGGGGCUGGGGGAGAUGUUCAGCCUCCUCUGCUCGCACAUCCAGUUCGCCACCAACCGCGGCAACAUCCGGUCGGCCAUCACCAUCUUCCCCCCGCGGGCUCCGGGGCGCGGCGAUUUCCGCAUCUGGAACCCGCAGCUGAUCCGCUACGCGGGCUAUCGGCAGCCCGACGGCUCCGUGCGGGGCGACCCUGCCAAUGUGGACAUCACCGAGCUCUGCAUCCAACACGGCUGGACCCCCGGGGGGGGCCGCUUCGACGUGCUGCCGCUGCUGCUGCAGAGCCCCGACGAGUCCCCCGAGCUCUUCCCGCUGCCCCCGGAGCUGGUGCUCGAGGUGCCGCUGCACCACCCCACGCUGGAGUGGUUCUCGGAGCUGGGGCUGCGCUGGCACGCCCUGCCGGCCGUGGCCAACCUGCUGCUGGAGAUCGGGGGGCUCGAGUUCCCCGCGGCGCCGUUCAACGGCUGGUACAUGGGCACCGAGAUCGGCUCCCGCAACCUCUGCGACCGCCACCGCUACGACGUGCUGCCCGAGGUGGCCCAGCGCAUGGGGCUGGACACGGGCAGCAGCUCGUCCCUCUGGAAGGACCGGGCGGCUGUGGAGGUGAACGUGGCCGUGCUGCACAGCUUCCAGGUGGCCCAGGUGACCAUCGUGGACCACCACGCGGCCACCGAGUCCUUCAUGAAGCACCUGGCGGCCGAGGGGCGGGCGCGGGGCGGCUGUCCCGCGGACUGGGCCUGGAUCGUGCCCCCGCUCUCGGGCAGUCUCACACCGGUGUUCCACCAGGAGAUGGUCAACUACCACCUGAGCCCCACCUUCCGCUACCAGCCCGACGCCUGGAAGGUUUACGUGUCCAAAGGCACCACUGUCACCCGGAGGAAGACUUUCAAGGAAGUGGCCAACGCUGUUAAGAUCUCAGCCAAGCUCAUGGGACACGUGAUGGCACGGCGGGUCAAGGCCACCAUCCUCUACGGCACGGAGACCGGGAAAUCACGGACCUACGCCUGGAACCUGUGCCAGCUCUUCCGCCGCGCCUUCGACCCCAAGGUGCUGUGCAUGGAUGAGUAUGACGUGGUGGCCCUGGAGCAUGAGACCCUGGUCUUGGUGGUCACCAGCACAUUUGGGAAUGGGGACCCUCCAGAAUGUGCUGAGAGCUUCUCCAAGGCCCUGAUGGAGAUGACAUCGCCCUACACUGGCACCUCCCAGGCGGAGCCGCCCAUGAGCUACAAGCUGCGGUUCAACAGCGUCUCCCAGUCCGACCAGCUCGUGUCCUCCUGGAAGAAGAAGCGGCGGCAGCUGAGCAACACAGACAGUGCGGGAACCUUGGGAGCCCUGCGGUUCGCGGUGUUCGGGCUGGGGUCCCGGGCGUACCCCCACUUCUGCGCCUUCGCGCGGGCCGUGGACACGCGGCUGGAGGAGCUGGGCGGGGAGCGGGUGCUGCCCCUGGGCGAGGGCGACGAGCUGUGCGCCCAGGAGGAGUCGUUCCGCACCUGGGCACGCCAGGUGUUCCAGGCUGCCUGCGAGACAUUCUGCGUGGGGGACGGGGCGGGGGGCGCCGAGGAGCUGUUCGCCCCGCCGCAGGGCUGGAAGCGCCAGAGGCACCGGCUGGUGCCGCAGCCCCAGGCCACCGAGACUCUGGCCGGUACCGACUCCUCCGGGACCCCCAUACCCUGCGGGACCCCCGACUCCCCCCGGCAGACGCUGCUGGUGCGGGUGGGCUGCGCGGAGCAGGGGGGGCUGCGCCACCUGCCCGGCGACCACCUGGGCGUGUUCCCCGCCAACCGCGAGGAGCUGGUGCGGGGGGUCCUGGAGCGCGUGGAGGACCCGCCGCCCCCCGAGCAGCCCCUGGCCUUGGAGAGCCGCGACGGGGACCCCGCCGGCGGGUCCAGCCCCGGGCCCCGCUGGGUGCUGCAGCCCCGGCUGCCCCCCUGCACCCUGGCCCAGGCUCUCACCUUCUACCUGGACGUGGCGGCGCCCCCGAGCCCGCAGUUCCUGCAGCUCCUGGGCUCGCUGGCGCGGGACCCCGCCGAGCGGGAGCGGCUCCAGCGCCUGGCGCAGGACGCGCGGCUGUACGAGGAGUGGAAGUGGUUCCGGUGCCCGACGCUGCCGGAGGUGCUGGCCGAGUUCCCGUCCGUGGCUCUGCCGGCCGCGCUGCUGCUCUCCCAGCUCCCGCUGCUCCAGCCCCGCUACUACUCCAUCAGCUCCGCGCCCGGCGCCCACCCGGGCGAGAUCCACCUCACCGUGGCCGUCGUCACCUACCACAGCGAGAACGGGCAGGGUCCCCUCCACUACGGCGUCUGCUCCUCGUGGCUGGCGCGGCUGCAGCCGAGGGACACAGUGCCAGCCUUCAUCCGGGGGGCCCCCUCGUUCCGGCUGCCGCCCGCCCCCGACACGCCCUGCAUCCUCGUGGGCCCCGGCACCGGCGUGGCGCCCUUCCGCAGCUUCUGGCAGCACCGGCUGCAGCUGCUGCGCGCCGGAGGCGGCCCCCUGGGCCCCAUGGUGCUGGUGUUCGGCUGCCGCUCCUCCGCCCUGGACCACAUCUACCGCGAGGAGAUGGAGCAGGCGCGGCAGCAGGGCGCCCUCAGCCAGGUGCUCACCGCCUUCUCCCGCGAGCCCGGCAGCCCCAAGACGUACGUGCAGGACGUGCUGCGGGCACAGCUGGCAGCCGAGGUGCACCAGGUGCUCUGCCAGCGCGGGGGCCACAUGUACGUGUGCGGGGAUGUCACCAUGGCCACCGAGGUGCUGCAGACCGUGCAGCACAUCCUGGCCCAGGAGGGCGACAUGACGCUGGGCCAGGCGGGGGACGUCAUCAGCGAGCUGAGGGACAAGAACCGCUACCACGAGGACAUCUUCGGGCUGACGUUCCGCACGCAGGAGGUGGCCCUGCGCAUCCGCAGCCAGUCCUUCUCCCUGCAGGAGCGGCGCCCCCCGGGCCCCGCCCCCUGAGCGGGGACACGGGGACAGCGGGGACAGGGGCUCCCUGUGGCUGUGCCCCCGUCCCGCCACCCCCCAGUAAAGGUUUAGUUUUGA